CACCUGCCCGGGGCAGUGCUUAGUUAAUAGGUCAGUUGCAAGGUUCUUUUUGUGCAAGCCUCUGGCAAAUCUGUUUGACUUGUCAAGCCCUGCAGUUCGGCUUUAUGCAAGGUCUAUCGAUUACGUGCCAGUGCCCUCCAGUUAUAUCACCUUCAGGCCUUUGUGGGGCUAUAAAAGCAACGCGUUCGUUGCUCACUCUGUUUAGUACGUUUACAGAGCUUGACGAGUCAGCAUGCGAGCACCCGAGUGGAUGAGCACUGAAAUGGCGCGGCUCACGUCCAAGCUGGAGCGCUAUAAGCCCACAGGCAGCGGCUACAAUCGCAUACAAUCCAUUCGCCUGUCCAAGAGUGUGACGCAGAUGCUCAACAAUCCUUUGCCCAACGCAGCGGCGCGCGCCAACUCCAUCAAAGCCAGUCAAAAGCAGCCGAGUGGCCAGCAGGAGAACGCCUUUACGACUCCGAGGCGGCGCGGUGUGCUCAGUCGCAGCGAAUCCCAAUGGGAGGAGGUCUAUCCAGCCAUCAAAUUCAAUCGACAGCAGAGCAACGACAGCGCCAACAGCCUCGACAGCAGCGACAGCAAAUUUACGCACUAUCGCAACUGCUCAACGCGCAUUACAUGAACGAGUUGUAAAGAGAAAAUAUAUUUACGAAUUUUAUAUUA